AAUUUAUUUAUGGAUCAAAAACCACAAGAAGAAGUUGAUGAAGAAUAAUAAUUAGAGAAUGAAAUCAAAAAUAUUUCUGCUCUUUCUAUUUAAUUAGUUUGGAAGAAAUAUAAAACUUUGAGAGCUAUUCAUUAAACUGUAAAAUCUAAAAGAGAGCCUGUAGUUGUUUACUAUUCCUCGAUUGCCACAAAUUAAAAAAUAAGAUCAGAUCAAAUGCAACUCUUUCAUAUGUUAAAAGUGAAGAAUAUCAAAUUCUUUAAAUUUGAUCUUGUUGAUAAUAAAAUGGCAUAAGGAUGGGUUAAAGAAAUCUUAAAUCGCUAUCAAUUACCUUUUGUUACUAUCAAUAAUGUAUUUGUUGGAGGAUAUGAAGAAUUUUAAAUCUUAUAUGAAUUGGAUCUCUUAAUUCGCAUUAUCAAAAAAGGUAGCAUUUUCAAAAUUAUAUUAUAUAGAUUAUGAAAAAGAAUGCAUUCUUUGUGAUGAACCUAAGGUUGGAGAUGAGUGUCCAAAUUGCAAUAAGCCUUAUGAUUUCUUUAAGAAAGACUGAAU